UGACGUCAAUGUAAUGCGCAAACGAUCUUUGAAUAAGGUUAGGAAAAGCCGCGUUUCGGUUCGUGACAUUAAUUGUAUCGUCAGUUCGUUUUACAAAUAUGGCGACAUUUUUUUCCUCAGAAUCUUCCGUUGAUCUUGUUUGAAAUCUGACAGCUUACUCCUGCCCUCCCGUUGGUUGUCAUCGCCAGGCAACGACAAAGAAGAAUAAAAAACUAAAAAACAGCCUCAAGAUAAUGAACGCUUGACACACUACCGCUUUGCUAACGUUAGCUAGCUGGAAUAUUGGCUAUUUGAUUAAUUUAACUGAAAACAUGACAACUUUAACAAGACAAGACCUCAAUUUUGGACAAGUGGUUGCUGACAUCCUUUGUGAGUUCCUGGAGGUCGCUAUCCAUCUCAUCCUGUAUGUCCGUGAAGUUUAUCCCUCUGGAAUAUUUCAGAAGAGAAAGAAAUACAACGUGCCCGUGCAGAUGUCCUGUCAUCCAGAACUGAAUCAGUAUAUCCAAGAUACACUUCAUUGUGUAAAGCCACUCAUUGAGAAGAAUGAUGCAGAGAAGGUGGUGGUGGUCAUCAUGGACAAAGAGCAUCAUCCAGUAGAGAGAUUUGUGUUUGAGAUUUCCCAACCUACUCUGCUGUCAAUCAGCUCGGACACAUUACUGUCACAUGUGGAGCAGCUGCUGAGAGCAUUCAUCCUGAAGAUCAGUGUGUGUGAUGCUGUUUUAAACAAUAACCCACCAGGUUGUUCAUUUACAGUACUGGUACAUACCAGAGAUGCUGCGACUCGCAACAUGGAGAAGGUUCAAGUCAUCAAGGAUUUCCCAUGGAUAGUCGCUGAUGAGCAGGAGGUCCACAUGCAGGAGCCAAGACUCAUCCCACUGAAGACCAUGACUUCUGACAUAGUAAAAAUGCAGCUCUACGUUGAAGAGAGAGCCCAGAAAACGUAGAUGUAGUAUAUAACAAGCACAUCUUAUCAGAGCUGGAACAGUCGGGGGGAAAAACAUGUGGGAUCAUCAAUCCAGUUUGAAGGGUUGCACUGAUACUCUGACAUUUCAUGACAUCAAGAAUCAAAUCUGCUGAUGACUGUUCACUGUCUGACUGGGAUUUGAUCGCAUGCUAUACACAUAUGCAUGUUAUUUUAUUGUCAUGUAUUGUGUUUUGUUGCUUUUCCUGCAGAUUUGUAGUUUAACAUGAUGAUCCAAAUGUAGCUGUGGCAACAUGACCAUUAAAUGCCAGAGGUAAUGUAACGGCCCAGUGUUACCAUACUGGAUUUCACCAUAAUCAUCAACACCAACAUCUUCUUCCAACUGUGCCGUAUCUUCACUGUAAAAAUAUUGACACAUUUUUUUGACACGUUUUUUUUGUAUCGCCCACUGUUAUCAUUGCAGGUCUUUGCAUGGUGGGGUAAAAAGGAACUCGGUGUGUUUUUCAUGCUCGCCUCCAUAAUUACAUGACAAAUACAAAGUUUUGAUGUUGUGACAAAGAAAGAGUUUUUAACGCUGAUAUAAGAUUUUAUUAUGUGGGAAAAAAUAUAUGAAAUUGUAUUAAAUAAAGAAAAAGUUUUCAAAGCA